GUGAACGUGUCGAGUGCAGUGGUGAGUGUGUCUACCAACUUCGAUUUAAUACUCGAAUGGUCGCGUUUGGUCUUACGCGUCGGAAAAUAUCCUUCGCCGUACCUUUCAAGCCUCUUUUUAUAAACGUCAUAUUAUGUUUCAGAGUUUAUCCCAGUAUCAAAUUUUCCGAAAUAUUAGAUAUCGUUUUACACAUCUGGUUGUGAUAGCAUGCUUAGUGGUCCUCGUAUUCUUCUCGACGACUCACUUUCUUUCAGAAUACCGAAACUCUAUUCUGAAAACAAACUUUAACUACAGAAAUAAAGACAAAUAUGACCUUGAAAAUAUCGAAAUGGAACCUGUUCGUGGAAAAAAGAAUAUAAUUUUUUUAGAGACCAUGUGCUCAAUACAACCGAAUGAAAUUGACGAUACAGGUUUACUUUUAACGAAACGACAAGCCUGUUCCAUUGAGUCUGCAGCCAAAAUUAACUCCGAUGCGUCAGUUCAUCUGUUGUACACAUGCUCUAUGAAUGGCGGAAUUAAGACAUCUCCUGAAUACGUGAAGAGGUUAUUCAAAUAUCCGAAUAUUAAAAUAUGGAAACUGGAUAUACCAGAAUUCCUAUCAGGAACGCCACUACAAGACUGGAACUUCAAGGAAUAUCUUGAGACGUCCAACUGGCCAGUGGAACAUUCCAGUGACAUACUUCGCUACGUGUCUUUGUUAAAGUACGGCGGUACUUAUCUUGAUUUGGAUGUCGUCAUUAGGAAAUCACUCGAGAAGCUGGGGACCAACUACCUGGGGAAAGAGAGUUCAGACUCGUUAUCAACCUGCGUAUUGAAUUUUGCAUCCGAAGGAAUCGGCCGCAACGUAUCUGAAAUGUGUGUUAACGAGAUUCUCAACAACUUCUGGGGAGAAUCCUGGAACCACAACGGCCCUGAUCUAGUCACCAGGGUUCUUAAGAAACUCUGUGGCGUAGAAACGGUUGAAGAGAUGAACCCAGACCGAUGUAGCGGCCUGAAAGUUUUGCCUGAGAUCAACUUCGCCCCGUUCAGUUACCCUCAGUGGAAGUCUUUGUUCUCAUCAACAGAUGUCUAUGAAAUUAUGAACCAGAUGAACUCUAGCUUCGGAGUUCAUGUGUGGAACAAACUUAGUAAGGACGAGAAUAUUAAUCUGUUGAGCACGCAACCUUACGGUCUCCUAGCGUUGCAAUUCUGCCCGAACGUGCAUGACCACAGCGACAUAAACUUCUGAUUACAAACAACAAAAACAAUUGUGCGGAUAAUCUCAGCCACCAACAAAUAUUUAUAACCAUACUAUAGUUGUCUUAUGCUAUUACUAUUAUAGUAAUUUCUCUUAGUGGUGUUUAAUAUGAUCUGUUCUAAGUUUAUUUGAUUCCAGAUUGAGAUUUAAACUUCAGAUGAAAUGAGCUUAGUUGUGGACUGUAGCUGUGCGAAUAAACAGUUCGGAAAAUAAUAUACAUAAACUGUAAAUGCCAGAAAUAUUUCAGAGUAUUUCUGUGGUGGUAGUUCUCAAUUGUCACUCAUGUAAGAUAUAAUAAGGAUUCAGGUCGGUUCUCGACUCCUGAAUUCCGGAUGAACCAUUAAGAUGAUUGUCUUCUGGGAGGUUGCAUCUUGUCUUCGUCGGCCUGUUACCUGGCAUUUUAAACUCUGCUGUAGAUUAUUCUGAAUAAAUAAGUUUUUGGUUGGA